UUAUGAAAGCCUCCCCCGAUUGAAGAAGCCCUGGCCCUCCACGAUUUCUUUCAAUGUUGUUUUUGUCCUGAUCUUUUUUUUUUUUUGCGAAACCUGCCUGAUCUAUUUGUUGAGAACCAUUCAUUUUCACUAAUGAAGGUUGCUUGUCCCCACAUGGAAUGGCCAAGAUUCUUCAUGUUUUCUUUUUCUUUAUGCAUAUUGCUCCUUUUACAUCAAGUUUAUAUUGUUAUGCAAACACUCUGGUCAUGCCUCGUUCUAGCAGCUUAUUUGCAUGCUUGCUCUCCCAUGGCCACUUAGUCGUGCUGAAUGAAUUUGUAUCGAUUUAUGCUUUAAAUAAAAGGAUUGUGCACAAAGCACAGUUGGGCAAUGGUGCGUGCAACUUUUAAUUCAGCACCACAAAAGGAACAGGUAAAUGGAAUUGGCACACCGCAAGGUUUUAGAACAUCUACCUUGAGCUGCAGCCUGCACAUCAUCACUCGUGGAAUCCCUGAUGUGGAGAACAAGCUUUGUGCUAUAGUUCUGGUGGGCAGUAUAGAAGUCCUCUAGAGCCAAUGAAAUGCUGGUAAUUGCUAUUUUGCCGACCAAGGACCCCAAGUCAAGGAUAACUCCAACAUGGACCUCAUGUGCUCCUCCUCCAGAAGCAUUUUGUGCUACACCAACGCCGGCUGAUAGCAAGAGGAGCAGGAUGACUCUGGUUGCUAUCUCCAUCUGGGGAGCUGCCAGGUUUGCAGAAUCUACUUGCAACCCCGUAUCAGUUACAUAGACUGUUUUAGUAGUCUCUUUCCGAGGUCUUUCUGCUAGCACAAUGAGCUUGUUUAGUUUGUCCAGUACAAUGUUGCUUCGAGCUUACCAAUCACUUGAAUAUUGAAUGAUGAUGAUGACCUAGAUAUUGAAAACUUUGUUGUCAUCAAUUUGACAACCUCUUAAUUUUUUCUUUAUUGCAAGUUGUCAUAUCUUUGUCGUUACACUUUUACUAAUCAACUGAUUAUUGAUAGUUGAUCACAUAAAAAGGAAUGCAGUAGUUGACAUUCAUUGGCAUGCCUUCAGUUUGGCUGGGUCUCACCACCAAUUUUCCUUCUCAAAGUCAGUUGCUUCUAGUCCACGCAGUUUCUGUUGGCAAAUUGUGAUGGUUGACUUGACUGAGCAAAGUUAUAUGGUGUAUGCUGUUUUGACUGGCAUUUGAUACUACUACCUCCAUUCUUAAAUAUACAGUAAUGUUUAUAGCAAGUUAAUUAGUUCAAAAAUAAAUUAAACUGGUUGUCCUAGACAUCAUGUAUGAGCGGAGCUUCGGAGGGAGUAUUUACUUUUGCGAUCGCAGCGGUAGGUGCCAUUUCACCUUGGCGAAGAGGUCCUCCACCUACAGAGUGACCUGGCCAUUAUAAAUUCAGUUUUCUCUCUUGUUAGUUGGUGUAAGGUGCAAUUUCCAGGCAAGGAUGGUCCAUUGCAUAGAACAAGUAGACCCCUACCUACGAACAUGGUAUAUGAGGCAAGUUAUUUAUCUCAACCUGCAUAUUCUUUUCCAUCCAUACCCCUUCUUCCUCCAUAUGCCUUUGGCUGAGUCUCUCUCCUCUCCUGUUUCUCUACCUCAUUGCAGCCAACAGCAAGAUGAUAGUUAAAGGGUUAGAAAAAUCUCAAUAAUGCACAUGAGACAUAGUUGAAGGGUAAAAUUGAAUCACUGAUUUGAUAAAUUUUCAUGUCAGGAAGGUUGUUGAGUGAAAUCAUACAUGGUUAUUGGCCAGAUUACACAUAUCAAUCCAUUUUUCAGAUUCCUACACAUCCAUACCAAUCCAUUUUUCAAUUCGAAUUUCGAUAAAUCAGCAUGAACACAUCCAGAUCAAUGUAACCGAUCCAUUUUCCAUCCCUUUAUCAAGAAAAUCUACAUGCGCACGAAAAAACGUCGCCUUUUCACUUUUUUCAAGUAGUAGACAGUAGAGAUGUGCAAAUGAGAUUUUGGCCAGACCAGAGAUCCACCUGGGAGUUAGCAAGGAACCUUCUUAAGGGUGGACUCGCCCUUAGCAGCCAGGAAUCUGGAACAUGGUCAUGUUCCUGGAACAUGCAUGAAAACCUUUCAUAAGUGUAGUACCACAUUCCUUGUUCCUGGAACAUGGCUGCUAACACUUUUUUUUGAAACCAAAUGGCUGCUAACGCUUCAUUAUUACAGCAGAAACUGAUGAUCGAAGUUGUGAUUAGAGACUAUCAAACACAAUGACCAAGUCGACAAUGGCGUCUUCUAUACAUUCAAUAAGGGACGCCCAUAAAAAUAUCUAACACAAUGAGCAAUUGUCCAUGGCUGAUGCAAUUAUUUUCAGUUUCUUUAUUUUAGGCUUCCAACUAAUCAUCAUUCACUGCCAGCGACUUACUGAUACAAUAAGAUGUGAUAAAAGCACCCUUCUUCCAGGCUUCCAGCAUAAUCGCCUGCAUUGAAUGGUGAACCAUAAACACAGCCAAUCCAACAUGCCCUCAACCUACAUAUUCAUCCCAGUUUCCUUCUGCAUCCUGAUCAUUGCCACAUCCCUGUGCUCCGCGGCGGACACCAUCUCGGCCGGUCAGACACUCGCCGGCCGUGGCGGGAAGCUCGUCUCCAAGAAUGGCAAGUUCGCACUGGGAUUCUUCCAAAGAUCGACCGGCAGCCGCUCCAGUACCCCGAAAUGGUACUUGGGCAUAUGGUUCAACACAGUCCCGAAGUUGACCCCAGCUUGGGUGGCCAACCGGGAGAACCCGCUCCUCGAUGGAACCUCGUCGGAGCUCAUCAUCUCCGACGAUGGCAACCUCGCCAUCUUCAACCGACCCAACCGGUCAAUUCUGUGGUCGAGCCAGGCGAACACCACAACGAACAACACCAUCGCCGUGCUGCUCAACAGCAGAGACCUCGUCCUGUCCGACGCGUCGAACUCGACUACCAUCUUCUGGAGGAGCUUCGACCACAUGACCGACACUUUCCUCCCCGGUGCCAGGGUGAGCAGGAACAAGGUGACCGGGUGGACCCAUGGCCUUGUCUCCAACAAGAACUCGCACGAUCUGUCUCCGGGCAUCUACUCUGGCCGCCCAUCUCCUGAGUCUGCCAACUUCGAGCUGCUCCUUUCAUGGAACUCUUCGGUUACAUACUGGUCAUCCGGGCAAUGGGAGGGGCAGUACUUCAGCAACAUGCCGGAGAUGUCGGCUCGCUAUUUGUUCUUCUCCGAGUUCGUUAGCAAUGAUCGGGAAGAGUACUACACAUACUGGUUAAAAAACGAGACCAUGGUCACAAGGUAUGUGCUUGAUGUAGACGGGCAAGCAAAGAUGAUGCUCUGGUCUGAUGCUUCAGCGGAGUGGAUAUUCUUUUAUCCAAAACCAGGGGCUCAGUGCGAGGCGUAUGCUGUCUGCGGACCGUUUACGGUUUGCAGAGAGGAUGUGCUCCCUUUCUGCAACUGUAUGAAGGGUUUCUCCAUCAGGUCACAGGAAGACUGGGAGCUAGGGGAUCGAACAGGCGGAUGCAACAGAAACAUUCCCUUAAACUGUGCCAGCAGCAACUCAGGCAUAAGUGGUGAUCUGACAGACAUGUUCUAUGCCAUGAGGAAUGUUAUAUACCCUGAUAAUGCCAAACACAUUGAAACUGGGAGUGCCGAGGAAUGUGAAAAAAGUUGUCUUGGGGAUUGCUCCUGCUACGCAUAUUCCUACUCUGGUACGUGCAGUGUUUGGAACUCUGAACUGCUUAAUGUUGUGCAAAGGUAUAAUGGAAGUGCCAGCGAAGGAAUUCUUUACCUUCGGCUUGCUGCCGAAGAGCUAAAAACUUCAAAACACAGGAGAGGAAUGAUAGUCCGGUUGGUGAUUGCUGCAACCAUCUUCGCCGCUUUGUCUCUGUUUGCAAUUAUUUGCAUGUUUUUCAGGAGACGGAAAAGGCAGCAUUCAUCUAUGGAACCAAGCAACAUCAGAGGAGGAAUCAUGGCUUUUGGAUACAAAGAUUUGCAACAUGCAACAAAAAACUUCUCAGAAAAAUUAGGAGGUGGUAGUUUUGGAUCUGUGUUUAAGGGUGUUUUACCUGACUCAACUGUCAUUGCAGUUAAAAGACUUGAUGGUGCUCGUCAAGGAGAGAAGGAAUUCAGGGCAGAAGUGAGUUCGAUAGGAAUGAUCCAGCAUAUUAACUUGGUCAAGUUAAUUGGCUUUUGCUGCCAAGGAAGCAAAAGAUUGCUUGUCUAUGAGUAUAUGCCAAACCAUUCUCUUGAUGCCCAUCUGUUUCAGAGCAGUGGCAUGCCCUUGUGUUGGGGUACUCGGUACAAGAUAGCACUUGGCGUUGCUAGAGGAUUAGCCUAUUUGCAUGAGAAUUGCCAAGACUGUAUUAUCCAUUGCGACAUUAAGCCGCAGAACAUUCUUUUAGAUGCUUCUUUUGUUCCUAAGAUUGCAGAUUUUGGGAUGGCAAAGUUUGUUCGAAGAGAUUUUAGCCGAGCCAUAACAACAAUGAGAGGAACUAUAGGAUAUCUUGCUCCUGAAUGGAUAAGUGGCGUGGCUAUCUCAUCAAAAGUAGAUGUUUACAGUUACGGAAUGGUACUGUUAGAAAUCAUAUUUGGAAGAAGAAACUCCGGAGAAGAAUAUAACAGCGAUAGUACCUACUUGCCGGUACAAGUUGUAAAUAAACUCCUUCAGGGGAAUGUGCAGUGCUUGGUGGAUGAAAGCAUGCACGAUGGCAUCAAUCUGGAAGAGGUUGAAAGGGCUUGCCGAGUUGCUUGUUGGUGUAUUCAGGAUCACGAGUCCCGCAGACUGACUAUGGGAGAAGUAGUCCGGAUUCUUGAGGGCCUGAUUAAGGUCGAUGUGCCUCCCAUGCCAAAGGUUCUUGAAGCAAUUUCAGGAGGCACAGAUUCAACAAUCGCAUAGAUGUGCGAGUUCUUGAACUACCCAAGUGAUUUGCGGUUUUCAGGUGUGCUGUGGUGGACUGGUGGUGGUGGGUCGAGGAUGGGGAGAUGGUGCAGGACGUGGCGACGGCGAGCAGGUGCAGGCCGGGCGGUGUAGUGUGAAGAAUGGCGAGGCGGCGGCGGCGGCGGUUCGAGAAAAAAAAAGGACGGGGGCGGCGAGAUGACGGGGGAGCCAGCCUUCAGCUCGCGACCGGGCGACGGCGGCGGCGGCGAGAUGAGGGGGGGCGAGGGGGGCUGGUGGCGCGAUGGGGUU